AAAUUGGAGUACACGGCCAGAAAGACGGGCAUUCACCUAUGAAUAUCUAAAUCCUCACUAGAAUCCUAAUUCACGUUUGAACGCGUCAAUAAAACGCUUGCGCUCUCUAAGUUAUCGUCCGUCCGGCUCCGAUUAUAAUAAUUAAAAAACGAAAAUUUAGCUAAGUAUUCAUUUUCGUUGCUUUUCAUCUAUUUGCUUUUAUUUGGGCCGACGCACAUGGAGAAUAAUAAUAGCUCCGAAGAAAGGCCGACGGUGAUGGUGACGAACGACGACGGAAUCGACGCCCCAGGACUCCGAGCUCUAGUUCGCGUCCUCAUCUCCUCCAAUCUAUUUCGCGUCCUUGUUUGCGCUCCCGCUUCGGAGCAAUCAGCUGUUAGUCAUAGUAUCACAUGGCGUCACCCUGUUUCUGUAAAGCAAGUAGAUAUCAAUGGAGCCAUUGCUUAUGCUGUUUUCGGAACCCCAGCUGAUUGUGCUUCUUUGGGUAUCUCAAAAGAACUCUUCUCUUUUGUUCCUGAUCUGGUCAUCAGUGGCAUAAACAUGGGCAGCAACUGUGGUUAUCAUGUUGUCUACUCUGGCACAGUUGCUGGUGCUCGAGAAGCCUUCUUCAAUGGCAUACCUGCUGUUUCUGUAUCAUAUGAUUGGGUUGGAGGUAAGAGCAGUGUUGAUGACUAUACGCUUGCUGCCGAGGCUUGCUUGCCAAUCUUUAGGGCAAUACUAGCUGAGAUUAAGAAUAAAAGUUAUCCUCUAAAUGGCUUUUUGAAUAUAGAUCUCCCGACAGAUAUUGCCAACCACAAGGGGUAUAAGUUGACCAGACAGGGUAAAAGUAUAUUCAAAAUGGGGUGGGAGGAAGUUAAAUCUGAGGGCCAAGGAGGAAAGAUGUUAUCCACAAUGGAAAUGGAGUCAGAUUCAUCAGCAAGGGCAGAAAUUGAUACAGCAACAGUAGCAGCAGGAUACCGCAUGUUCAAAAGAAAGGUUAUUAGAUCCGUAAUUGAUGAUGUUGAUACAGAUAAGCGAUCACUUCAGGAAGGAUACAUUACCGUAACUCCUCUUGGAGCCAUUUCUCCGGCAGAGACUGAUUGCCAUUCUUACUUUAAAGAAUGGCUACCAAGUGCAGUUCAACAGUUCUCUUCGUCAGCGUUAUAAUGUGCGUUAUUAUAUCUCUGAUGAGUCAAAUAAAACUAGACAAGCCUUAUAAGUUAACUUUUUCUCUCUCCCCUCUUCAUUCCAUUUUAUAGUAUGUAUUUGGCACCUUAUUCUUGCGUUUUCCCUUGCACAUGGUUGGAAAUUGCCUCCAAGUCUUCAGUUAUGAGCAUCGGCCUAUGAGCAAUUCUGUAUGUGGGAUUAGUGUUCUUGGCUUCAAUUAACUCCUUACAUUAAGGCAAUUGCAUAUGCUUUAUAUGGACCAUAUGUAAUUCCUAUAUUGCCCUUCUGCUAUUUAUCGUUAUCAAACAAAACCCUAAUUGUUUC